AUGGCCCUGUCAGAACUCCCACAGCGUCAACCGGGGGCCGACCAGCGUUACACAGAGGCGGCGCACCCGCUCCAGCAUCAGCGCCAGUCCAAGGCCAACCCCCCGGCUGCACCUCCGAUCGAGGCCGCCUGCGCUCAUCAUCCGACUACGGCUGCCGCGACGACGGCCAUCCCAGACCACCAACAACAUUCAAAUCAUGCCCCCGUUGUGACGAGGAUUCCAUCGGCGGUAGACGUACCGGCAUCAGUAGCGAGCUACCCUCUCCACGGCGAUGAAAUGUGGCAAAAACACCACCUAAAGCACAAGCACCUACCCAGAGGCUCCAAGCCCGUCGCCUUUGUCGGUGAGGGCGCCGCCAACGCCGUCUUUGAGAUCAAGCUUCCCCAACAUGGCUCCUCCGAUUCCAAUUUCAAAGGCCUGCUGUUGCGAGUGGCCAAGGUUCCAGCACUCGGCCAGCCCACCGCGUACAACUACCUCUUUCAGCAAACCUUCUACCAGACAACCAUCCGACCCCUUCUGGGCAGCCAUGCCAUCCACCAGGAGCUCGUCAUUCUCCGUGGCUCUGGCAUCGUCGACGAGCUCAAUCGCCUCCUUCAGGCCCUCGAUCAUACCCGUAAGCCCAAGUUCCGCGGCUCCUUCGUUGGCCAGUCCGACUGGGGCCUCCUCAUCGAGGACAUGCGGCCCGACCCAAAGGCCCCGACGCCGCGCAUCCUCGUCGAGUUCAAGCCUAAGUGGCUCUCGCAGUCGCGCAGCGCCCCGGCCCGUGCCGUCCGCUGCCGGCAGUGUGCCCUCGAGCUCCAGCGUAUGCUGACCAGGCCCGUUGCUGGCGCCGGCCCCUUUAACCCGGAGCGCAAACCAUGCCCGCUGGCCCUGGUGGAUGAGGAGGCGCCCCCGGCCGUGUCGUCGCCUUUUCGCAUCGCACCGCAGCUAGCCACUGCCCCAGAGCGGGAGCUCCUGAGGACGUCGCUGGAGCACAUCCUGCACGACCCCUUUCUGGAGGAUUUGUGCGCCCAGCAGGAAGGGCUGGACGUGACGGGCCCGCUGGGAGCCAGCCCCAAUGAUGAAAAGUUUGGUAUCGCCAUGACGAUCCGUGACUGCACGUGUUUUGCGCUCAUCCCCAAGGAUGAUGCUGCCCACGGCCCAGGAGACCUCAAGAUCCGGCUCGGCGACCUGGAUUGGAAGGAUCCGCAAACCAAGAUCCAGCACUGGCAAGGCACCGAGCAGUCGCUCAUCGAUGUGGAAGCCGAGGUCUCCUUUGACCAGCCCGCCUGA